AUGAAGUUGAACUCAAUCUUUCUACGCUAUCCCAGUACUACAACUAUGCACACCACACAAUUCCGUCUCCACAUUUCCUUCCUUUGCAGGUCCAGUAAUAACAGAUUCACCAUGAAGCUCACUAUCCUUGCCACCCUCAUCGCUUGCGUCUCUGCCUUCACUGGCGAGCCUCUGCGAACUUCGGUCAAGAGUUCUUCUGCACUCUCCAUGGCUGCUAUUCAGCCAAAGCUCGCCUACGUUCCAUGCAUUCCUUUGAGUGACCUCCCCAAACCUGGAAGUGCCACAUCUGGAGUUGCUGGAGGUCUUGCAAUCUGCAUUGCCGUCGACCCUAAGGGAUCUGUUUAUGCUCUUGGAGACAAGUGCCCCCCAGUCAACCAGCCUCUUUCCUUCGGAAAAGUCAAUGAUGACGGAACCAUCCAAGAUCCUGUCCUUGGAACCAAAUUCUCCUUGAAAACUGGUGAAGUUGUUGACUGGUGCCCAGCUGGACUUUAG